CGUCGCAACAACAACACCAACCCCGUCCACUUUUAUCACCAUGCCGCUAGAGUCGUGCAUGCUCGUCCUCGACAACUCCGAGUAUAUGAGGAAUGGUGAUUACACGCCCACCCGCUUUCAGGCGCAAGCGCAGGCGGUGUCGACUGUCUUCUCGUCCAAGACUGACUCGAAUCCCGAGUCCGCCGUUGGCCUCAUGACCAUGGCUGGCAAGUCACCUUCCUUGCUCAUCACUCCAACCAACGACAUCGGCAGGCUUCUUUCCGCUCUCAACAAGGCCAAUAUCGGUGGUGUAUCUGACCUUACUACCGCGAUUCAGGUAGCCCAGCUGGCCCUCAAGCAUCGCGAGAACAAGAAGCAGCAACAGCGUGUUGUGGUGUUCGUCGGCUCUCCGCUCGAGGACUCGCAGGAUGAGCUAGUCAAACUCGGAAAGCGCCUGCGCAAGAACAACGUUCUCAUUGACGUUGUGACAUUUGGCGAGGAAGGCAUGAGCAACGAUGAGAAGCUCGGCGCGUUGGUCGAGGCAGCGGGAGGUGGCGAGUCUCAUCUUGUGUCUGUGCCCCCAGGGCCGCACCUGCUUUCCGACGUCUUGAUGCAGUCGCCCAUCCUCUUUGACUCCGAGCGCGGAGGAAUGGCCGGUGGAGACGGCGAGGACGACAUGAUGGGCAUGGGUGACUUUGAAACGAAUGACCCCGAGCUCGCAAUGGCCAUUCGCUUGUCGAUGCAGGAAGCACAGGAGCGUGCCGAGCGAGAGCGUGCCGCCACCACCACCACAGCCACAGAUGUCGCGGCGAUUCCUGAAGAGCCACCUGCGCCGGCCAACCCAGAGCAGGGGAAGCAGGCCGGCUUGCAGGCGGGGAUUACGGCGCCUCUGUCGAAUGCCAACGACAAGACUAUUCCUGAAGCACCAGGAGACGCGCACGACGACGACGAGUACAUGGACGAUGACGACGAGGACGCCAUGCUGGCGCGAGCCAUGGCAUUGUCUCGCGGAGAAGACCCAGACGCCGACAUCUCCAUGGACUACGACGAGGAAGACGAAGACGAGGAUGCGGAGAUCGCGCGCGCCAUCGCGAUGAGCUUGGAGGAGGAUGCGGAGGCCAAGAAGGACAAGGACAAGCCAUCCAAGUAGGCACGCAGGCUUGUAGGCGGGUUCAGAUGUGUAAGAGGUCAGAUGUCACAUUGCAUCAGUAUGGACGAUCUGAGAGCUCAAAGCAGGUGUCACCAAUCGCCCGACUUUACUUUGCAUCCCUGACUAUAAGAUCGUCUACACGCUGUCAUCCUCGCUUCCUUCCAACUGACCAGAGCUCACC